UAGGGAGGGAUGCAUAACACAGGGUCCACAGAGUUGAGUAAGCCCAUUUAAACGUAGACAUCGUCGCUAUUCAUUCGUGUACUGUCGUUAAUAGUAAUAAGAGCGUCGCUUUAUCAGUUGUCUCCAAGUAAAAGGGGUCUCAAACAUUUUGGGGGGGCUGACAGCGCCCAUCGACACCAGAUCGAGAAUAUAUUAUCUUUCAUGCGUGGCUGUUUUGGGGGAAAAUGGGGAAAGAUUAUUAUAAAAUACUUGGGAUUUCGAAAGGAGCUGCGGAAGAGGACAUCAAAAAAGCAUACAGAAAGCAAGCUUUAAAAUGGCAUCCGGAUAAAAAUAAAGCAGCCAACGCAGAGGAAAAAUUCAAAGAAAUCGCCGAGGCAUAUGAGGUCCUCAGUGAUCCAAAGAAAAGGGAGAUAUAUGAUCAAUACGGAGAGGAAGGUCUCAAAGGAGGAAAUGGGCCUACUGGUGACGGACAGGGUAGCAACUUCACCUAUACCUUCCAUGGAGAUCCCCAUGCAACAUUUGCCACAUUCUUUGGAGGAGCCAACCCUUUUGAGAUGUUCUUUGGGCGUAAGGCUAAUGGACGGGAUGAUGAGGAAAUGGAGGUGGAUGGCAGUGACCCCUUUGGCUCUUUCACCAGUUUCAACCUUAACGGGUUCCCUCGAGACAGACAUGUUGGCCUGGGUGGGCAGCAACGACGGAAGCAGGACCCGGCGAUCCACCACGAGCUGCGGGUCACCCUCGAGGAGGUCUUCCAUGGCUGCACCAAGCGGAUGAAGAUCUCUCGGAAGAGGAUGAAUCCUGAUGGGAGGACCAUGCGAACGGAGGAUAAGAUUCUCACUAUCGAGAUCAAGAGGGGUUGGAAAGAAGGCACCAAGAUCACCUUCCCUCGGGAGGGUGACGAGUCACCCGGUGCCAUUCCUGCAGACAUUGUUUUCGUAAUCAAGGACAAACCACACCCACACUUUAGACGGGAAGGUUCUGAUAUUGUGUACCCGGUAGGGGUCAGUCUACGACAGUCAUUAUGUGGAUGUUCUGUGACGGUGUCCACAAUAGAUGGGAAUACGUGCAACAUGAAAAUCACAGACGUCGUCAAACCAGGCAUGAGAAAGACAGUUGCAGGCCAAGGGCUACCCUUCCCCAAAAACCCUGACCAGAGGGGGGAUCUGGUGGUUGAGUUUGAUGUAAACUUUCCAGAGAGUCUCCCAACCAAUGCCAAGGAUGUCCUGAAACGACAUUUACCCGUCUAGCAAGAAGGCUGUGGACAGAAGAGGGAUGAUAUCGGCAUGCCAGUGCUCCUUCUCCCUCUUACGAGGACAAUGCGACUAUUCACAGGUGGACCCCCUUCUAAUGAAUGUGCAAUUUCAAUUUUUUUAUCAAUUUGGUGUUUUUAUAAAUACCAUGCAUGCCUCCAAGUUGAUAUAAGUGACAGUAAAAUAUGUUGUUAUCUAAAGUAAACAUUGUAUGUCAGUGGGGUAAUUCCACAUUCAUGUAUUAAUUAUUUAUAUUUGUUUUGUUUGAAAUGGACUGUAACACUUUUACUAUACUGUUAAUUGGCAUAUUUAUACGUCACACACGACAUAUGUGAUCUAAUCGUGCUGUAAGGUCUAUUCCCUGAUAAAGAGGCACAUAGGGGUUUAUGGGUAGCCUACUAGCAUUUACAUCAUUUUCCGACAUAAUUUUGUUAAGGACAGUUACCAAAGUAAAAACACCAAGUACUGUUAUUUCCAUUAUGAAAUGUGUUGCUUUACAUGUAGCUCUCCUUACUUGAAACUGAAAUUAAUAAUAAUAAAAAAAGAGAUGGCUUAGAUCAUCUCCUGCACACUCUAAAAA